UCCCAAGCUUUUUUCACCUUUUGUCCUAGCAUGCCCAACCUAGGCAACAUUCAUUAUGUAAUACUCUUUAACAGAGUUUCAUCUCUCCUCUUGGAAUCUUCAUAUUCAAGAAUAAAACAUGGCAACCCAAAUCCAUGGUAGGCCUAUGAAGAACAGGGUACCCACCACCAUGGAUUUGGUUGAAGAAGACAAUGAAUUUGAGGAGGAGGAGGAGGAAGAGGGAAGUGUUUUAACUGAAGAGAACAGUCAUUUGAAGGGAAAAAGAUUGAAUCUUGAAAAGAAAAAAGGGGUAAAUAGUGAUGGUGAGGGUGGGCUUGGGGUGGUGGUGCAAGUGAAGCACUGUUGUCAAGUGGAAAAAUGUGGGGUUAAUUUGGAUGGUGCUAAGAAUUACCAUAAAAGGCACAAAGUUUGUCAAGUCCAUGCAAAGGCUCCUAUUGUUUUGCUUGCUGGUUUAAGGCAGAGGUUUUGUCAACAAUGCAGCAGGUUCCAUGAGCUCUCGGAAUUUGAUGGCACUAAAAAGAGUUGUCGCCAGCGUUUAGCUGGACACAACAAGCGGCGACGCAAAGCACAAUUGGCCAUUGAGCUGGAAGAUAAACAAUGCAGGCAGAUCAAUGGGGAAGCCAGGCCAUACAUGGACAUGACUUUGACCAGCACGAAUACCUCUUUCGAAAACUAUCACAUUCACUCUCCUGACAUCUCUGGAUGAAUGCUUGCUCUCUUCUGUCAACCCCCUCAGGGCAUCUUUAUUAUCCUUUAUGUUGCUAAUAAAUAGUCGUACCUAUCGUUAAAUUGCCAAAAUGCUUUCAAGGCUUGUAAUGAAAGCAGGAUUCAAAUAAUGUUAUCCGAGCAACAACAUUCUGUUUA